AGGGCGGGCCGUUGAAAGAAGUCCGUCUGCGCGCGGGACGCGGCUGCUGCUGCUGUCAUGCAGCUUCACUCAGCCUCCGACAGCGGCCGCGCGGCCAUGAAGACGAGCUCAGAAGUGGAGAGCACGAUGGGCAGCAAGAUGUAAAAGCUUGCUUUUGCGCGAACGUUUGUGAGCGAAUCGGAGGGAAAGAGCGAGAUGUUGGUUCGUCCGUUGAAACCCCUCAGUCCCCCCACGAUACCCCGCGACUGCCAGGUCUUGUAUCAGUACGCCAUGGGCGCGCGAAGUGCAACUAAAUUAAACGGCGCCGUCCACCUUCUCGUGUGAUGGGCGUGCAGGGCAACGGCAGCAGCUGGAACUUGUGGACCUCUUGAGGAGCGAGCAGGACUCGAGCGAAAGAUUUACAGAAAAAAAGAAGAAGAAGGUGAAACUGAGGAAGAAAAUCAAAGUAGCUUGAAAAAAGCCAUGGGUAUAAAACACUUUCUGCUGCUUUUGAUCUACGUGGACCCGCUGCACGUGCUGUGCACGACGGCGCCCAAACGCGCCAAAUCCGCGCCCAGGCGGCCGCCCAAAGCGCGCGAGCUCAACAACAGCAGCACCACGGCCAGCAGCAGCACGACGGCCACUACGCAGCGGCUCGCGCAGGCGGCCUCCACGCACGACACGUGCCUGGGCUACUACGACGUGAGCGGUCAGUUUGACAAGGAGUUCGAGUGCAACAACACGGACCACCGCUACUGCUGCGGCUCGUGCUUCCUGCGCUUCUGCUGCCAGUUCAAGGGCAACCGGCUGGACCAGAGGGCGUGCAAGAACUACAACAAGCCCGACUGGGUCAAGACUGUGCCCCCGUCCCCUGCCCCGACGGGCGACGCCUACGACCCGAGCAUGGACCAGACCAACACGGCCGUGUACAUCACAUGCGGGGUCAUAGCCUUCAUCAUAGUGGUGGGGGUGUCCACCAAAGUGGCGUACGACAAGGCCACCCAGCCACCUCAGGAAAUGAACAUACACAGAGCUCUAGCAGAUAUUUUGAGGCAACAAGGACCCAUUCCUAUAUCCCAGUAUGACUGUGAAAACUUUGCGGCAAUGAACAGCUCAUCCAAAGACAACACUCCACAGCGGACGGGCUCCAAAAACCAUUACACCCCUGUUCACACUUCCAAAUCAAAUCAUGGUGGACACUACUCGAAGGAGAGCAGCCGUGGCGGAGGGCACGACCUGCACAACUUCAUCUCGUCCGGCUUCGUGACUCUGGGGAGAGGCCAUGUGAAAGGGGAGAGGCACUGGCCGGUGCGGUCUCAGAGUCACCAUGGCACCCAUCAACACAACUACAACCAUCUGGGUCUCAGUAGCCCCACUCGAACACCUAAAAAUGAGAACACACGCAUGAACAGUAUCCUCACAUCGCAGACGGAGCCAUACGAUCUGUCCUUCUCCCGCUCUUUCCAGAGCCUCUCACACCUGCCUCCUUCCUACGAGUCUGCCAUGAAGGCUGACCUCAACAAGUACUCCUCACUGAAAAGACUCACGGACAAGGACGUGGAUGACUACUACACCCGCAAGAGGCACCUUCCUGACUUAGCAGCACGAGGCACCCUCCCUCUUCACAUGAUAAAAAUGAAUCAGAUGAACCAAGAGUCACAGAGCAGUCAGCAGGCCCAGCAGCAGCAGCAGCCUCCACGACAGCGUCCUCGCCGUGUCCAGAGAGCCAUGUCCCAGGACCGUGUGCUUUCCCCUGAGCGUGGCUACGCUCAAGACUACCCCAUGUCCCCCUAUGGCAUGUCCCCGUACGGGGGGCGCAUACUGUCUGAUGAGCAGUUGCUCUCAGCUGAGCGUCUGCGAUCCCAUGAGCGCCUCAUAUCACAGGACCGCCUGCACUCACAAGAUCGCCACUACUCACAGGAACGCAUCCACUCACAGGAGCGUCUGCUGUCCCAGGAACGCCUGCAGCACUCCCAGGAGCGCCUCUACUCACAGGAGCGUCUGUACUCACAGGACCGGCUGCGUUCACAGGACCCGCUGCUGUCCCCUGAUAAGAUGAUGUCUGUCAAGCGCUCCAGCUUCCACGGCGACAGGUCCAUGUCCAGAGCCAUAUCCCACACGGACGUGUUCAUGCCCACCACGCCGGUCAUGGAUCGCUACAAGAUGACCAAAAUGCAUUCGCAUCCCAGUGCCUCAAACAGCAACAGCGCUGCUGCUGCUGCUGCCGCCGCCGCUGCACACAACACCAUAAGCACGAACCAGACGGCCUCCAAGAGGCAAGCGUUCGCCUCGCGCCGCACGCAGACCGUGGAGCAGCUCCACUACGUCCCUCCGGCUGCCCAGCAGCAGCAGCACCACCAUCACUACCGCACAGGCAGCAAGACCGAAGUAACUGUUUAACUCGGACCUCAGCGACCAGCCAGCCGCCAGAAAACCCAAGAGACUACAGCGCGAGAGAGCCAGUCUGACCACUAGUCCUCGUCUAUGGUUUCCGCAGUGACUGACCCCAGCACCAGCCCGAAUAUAUUCAGACAAAGAGGCCCUUCCAUGUGCAUAUCCAACAUUUCCCUGCGUUUGUAGAUCACAGAUAAAAAGAAUGGACUAGAGGCUUGCGUGGUUCGUCCGGACAGAAAAUAAAAAUGUCCGUCCAGUUCUGCAGUUCUUAAGGGCUUUGCAUGGAAACUCACAGAGGCCUGAUAGAAGAGCGACAGAAGGUACAAAAGAAAGCGUGCUAGUUGAUGUGGAUGUGGAAUGGAAUUGUGUAACUUUAUAAAUAUAUAAAUACAGAUACUGUUUGUACUUCCAGUCCUAGUCAUAGCUUUAGAAGUUCUUAAAUUAAACCAAUGUUAGCACUUCUAUUGGUGCCUCUACGAAAAAUGUUCCAUUUCAACAACGAAGUGGUUUUGUGGGUUAAAAAGCACAAUUGAUUAAAUGCGUUCAUUCUGUUCAUUUGUUUGUUUUUUUCUUCUUUCAUUUCUUUUUUUCAUUAGUUUGGUUAGUGAUGGCUAGCACGUAUCAGUUUGUUCUUUAAUUAACGGCAAAUUCCUUUGCAUAGAAGAUUGUAAAUAAGCUAUUUUAGCCGCAGUAAAUGGACAAGUCUGUUCUGGUUGGCGUUUGUAUUACUGUAGCUUUAUUUUAGAGAUUCAAGAAUUAUAGACGACCCACUAACCCAGUAUUGGACUGUUUUAAACAAAUACAGUAAUUUAUGUGUGCCAUUUUAAAUGUGUUUGUAGGAUGAAAACUGGGUGAAUGUUGUCGACAAACCAUGACCACUCUUGAUAUCUGGCUGUAGACUGUGCUCCAGUGAGUGACUCACAAGACGAAUAUAUUAUGCUUGUUGUAGUAGCUUCAAAUAAACCAUCCUUAUUUUUCUAAACAUGA